AUGGAUGAAGCUGAAGUGCCCAUGAAAAAGAUGCCUAAUAAUAAUGGUGCGGACAAUCCUGAAGUUGGUCAGGGCCCUCAGACCCAGGGUGGUUCUAGUGCCCCUACUCUCGUCAGUAAUACCCAAUCAAACUGGUAUAGCGUCUUUCUCCAGCAAAUCUCAGUCUAUGGUAUUGCCGCUGGUUAUUGCUUAUCUGCCUCAUUGCUUUCCAUCAUCAACAAAUGGGCUGUCAUGAAAUUUCCUUAUCCUGGGGCACUAACUGCUUUGCAGUAUAUGACAAGUGCUAUUGGUGUCCUUGUUUGUGGCUGGCUUAAGUUGAUAGAGUAUGAUUCGCUUGACCUACUUACUAUGUGGCGCUUCCUACCAGCAGCAAUUAUAUUCUAUCUCUCUCUCUUCACCAACAGUGAGCUGCUUCUCCAUGCUAAUGUUGACACUUUCAUCGUCUUUCGUUCAGUUGUUCCGAUCUUUGUUGCAAUAGGAGAGACAAUCUUCUUGCACCAACCAUGGCCAUCAAUUAGGACAUGGACCUCACUUGUCACUAUUUUUGGAGGAAGUGUGAUUUAUGUUCUAACAGAUUACAAGUUCACAGUAACGGCUUAUAGUUGGGCUCUAGCUUACUUGGUAAGCAUGUCCAUAGACUUUGUCUACAUAAAGCAUGUGGUAAUGACCAUUGGUUUAAAUACAUGGGGUCUUGUACUGUAUAACAAUCUCGAGGCUCUUCUACUGUUUCCAUUAGAACUACUUGUAAUGGGUGAAUUGAAGAAGAUUAAGCAUGAAAUCUCGGAUGAAUCCGAUUGGUAUUCUCUUGAGGUGGUUUUGCCAGUGGGGUUAUCGUGUUUAUUUGGUUUAUCCAUCUCUUUCUUUGGGUUUUCUUGCCGAAGGGCAAUUUCUGCAACUGGAUUUACUGUUCUUGGUAUUGUGAACAAGCUAUUAACUGUUGUGAUUAAUCUGGUUAUUUGGGACAAGCAUUCAACCUUUGUUGGUACAUUGGGCCUGUUGAUAUGUAUGGUAGGUGGUGUUAUGUAUCAGCAAUCUACAAGCAACAAGCCUAAGGAUGUGAAUCAAGCAAAAGCACGAGAGACUGAGGAAGAAGAACGAAAGUUAAUUGAAAUGGAAAGCAGCUCAGAAAGCAAUAACAAUGAGAAAUUGCCUGUUGAAUCUGAAGGGGGAAAAUGA